AUGGAUGGUUAUGGGAAUGGAGAUUUGAGCAAGGAGAUCAGAGGAGAUCAGUGGAAGAGGAGUCUGCAAGGGGACAACGUGAAGACAAAGGGGGGAGAAUGUGAUACCCCGUAUCAAGACCUAAAACAUCCCAAAGGCCGGGAUGGGAAGAUCAACACUCUGGGAUUGGAAGACAAAGACGUGGGAUCUAAUCCAGAGAUCACAACGAAGACUUGGAUCAAGACAGGAUCAAGAACGAUCGAGCAGAACUGA